UUAUAAACAAAUACAUCGGAUGAGUAGGUAAUGCCACUGAACUAUGUCAGUUGUCAUUCAUUUGGCGGCUGGUUGGCGAUCAUUUAUUUUGCUACUUGUGUCGUGCAUUGUGAACUGGGUCAAAGGAGGGUCUCUGACAUUAGUGUUAUAUCUCGAGUUUGAUUUAAUGUCUUGAUGUAUUAUCGCAAUCAACGUGUACAAAGUGUAUGAGAGAAGAAAGAGCCAGGUCAAUGACACCUAAGUAAAACAACGAACGGAAAUAGUGGACAGUGACUUUGUGUUAGAAGUGCAAGGGUUUCAAAGAUCGUGUUGUUCUGAUAGUGGCGGUGUGUCUGUGAUAUGACACGGGUGAAACCCCCUGAUUCCCAGGACGUGAAUUUUAUUCACCAUGACCACCUGGUGAAAUGUGAAGAUAAAACACUCAACAUCUCUCACGCCAAGAAGGCAACUCACCACGAGCAGCUGGCCAGCAAGCUCAGAAUGAGUGGAGCUGACCCCGACAAGGUCAAAGAUGUAGAAGGCAAAUCCUCAAAACGACCAGCCAGCAAACAGCUUGACCUAAGCAAAACAGACCUGAACAAAAUUAAAGAGUUGGGAUUCCCAGUUCGACUUCUGUUUGAGGAAUUUAUUCAGAAGUACAAAUUACUCGUAUUCUCUCCCUUGGCGGAAAUUGAACCUACUGCAGAGCAUUGUAGAUUUAUUGCCAAAAGAGCGGGACUGCGGGAGUACGAGAUUACAGAUGAGAAGAUAUUGCUGAGCUAUGCUGACAGUGCCAAACUUCUGCAGAUGAGGAAAGACGAAGAGAAGAAGAUUAUCUUGGCGCAGGCUCAAAUCAGGGGCUACCUGGUGCGGAGCAGAAGCAAGAAGCAGCAACAACAGAACCAGGAGCCCAAGAGCUCCACCCCGAAAUCUCUGGACCCAUUAGGAUUAACACGAAAACAUUUGGAGAAGUUGUUGGACCAAUCGCCAACGUCCACGAUAUCCACCAGAAGUGGGGACAGUCCGUCUAGCACGCUCAUGAGGAAGCGGAAAGAUGAACUGGAGAUGAACGCGUACGAGGCGCUCAAGAGGAACAAUAAAAGUUACGAUGACCAGCUGAAAAAAACUUUAAAACAGUUAGACAAAAACCCAGACCUUAAGAUCAUUAACGCUUUCAACCCCCCACCCCCAGCCUACGAGGGUUUCAGGAGAGAAUCAGGAGCAACAUCAGGAAGUGAUGAAGCCUUAAAGGUCAUGACAUCAGGUCUUAACACACACAGGGGCGGCGACACCAUGCGUACAACCACAGGAAGUAGCGAUGACGAGUCCAAGCAGCAGGGCAGGAAACGUCGCAAACGUCAUCGGAGAAACUCUCAAAAGUCCAACACCACGGCCUCCGAGAGUACAGCAACCACCAACAUCACCAACUUGUCCGGCGCUCAGACCAUGGAGGACACCAAUGCCGUGGCAUGGGAUGUGUUCCGGACAGUGUCCAAGAGAAAUGAAACUUUCUACGAGUCCACCACCAAUUGGUUUGAGGUGGCUGCCAAGACAGUCAAGGUCGUCGCCUAUGUUAUUAUCUUCAUUGCCGUGCUGAUUACUGCAGUGACCAGCAAGGCCAGUCUUCUGCUCAUGACCUCAGCCAUUGGCAACGCCGACUUGGGCACUGAAAACAGAGACAGAUGGGUGUAUCUUCUGAUAGCUGCUGUAGGAUUUCCUUAUCUGGUGAUAUUUAUAGAAUCUUUAGGCAAAGCUCUGUUCGGCAAUCUACCAGGACCAUCGUUCUUAAAUCUUAUAUGGGUGUUAUUUAUAGAAACCGUUCACAGCUUUGGUCUGUGUUUGUUCUUGUUCCGCGUAUUACCUUGUCUGGACACAGUGCGAUGUUUAUUGUUAAUGAACGCCUUGUGUACAGUUCCAGCCAUUCUAAGACUAUUCGCAACUAAAAGGUCAGAGGACACCAAAAGAAAGAUAGCCACUAUCUUGUUAGACAUCCUGGCUCUGCUGAUGCAGCUGUCAGCCUAUGCUAUUGUCCUGGCCUCCAUGAAGUCCGAGUGUGUUAAGUCUCCAACAGUACCUGGAGAUAAAGAGACGCCAACUGUGUCCACUGGCUCCGCCUGGCAGAAUAGCUACAGUCUGUCGGACAUGUCUUGGGAAAUACCUUUGUCUCUGUUACUGAUAUCUGUCAAGUGGUGGGAGAACUUCUGUGACGAGGACCUGCGUAUUGGCUGCCUCUAUGUGCCCGUUAAACAGUUCAAAGAGACGCUUCACAGAUGUCGUGUCAAGUGUUACAUUCUGGCGAGUCUCUGGAAGAUUGGGGUCACUUUCGGCUUCGCCUUCCUGCUGGUGCCUCGCCUGGCUAUGGUGGACAAGGCCUUCUCUGACCUCCUGUACACUCCAACGGAGAUGGUCACUUACAACGGGUCCCACAUUGGUCAGCCUACGCCUGAUCCGUCCAUUCAGUUCCCUAUCAACAUUACACUGAGUCCUAUCGGAGCUGCCACGGACACGGAAGGCGCCAAGAUGCCUGAAUCUCUGUUCAUGGGUAUAACUCACCAGAACUGCUCCAAGACCAACAUCACCGUGGAUGGGGACAAGAACACUACCGUCUGCACCACCACCAAAGUGUACAGGUGGCGCCAGUGGCAGACAUACCUGCCCCCUAUCGUCCAGAUCGUCAGUACGGGUUUGUGUUACUACUUUGCCAGGUUGGCCUGUAAAUUGUGCAUGCAAAGAAUCUCAUUCUCUGUGCCGCUGAGUCUGGCCACUCCUGUGUCUGUAGCUGUCAUUAUCACGAUUUGUUAUAUAGACAGCAGUAAGUUGGAACUCAUGACAGGUUUCCUCAAGUGGACAUGUACAGAGGGCAGUGGCGAGAAACGUUGGCUUAUAUGGCACCUGGGCCUAGGAUUUGGUCUAUGGUGGGCAUCGCAGCUGUGGAUCACGCGUUAUAUCUGGACACCUAAGGCUCCACGUUUGGCAUUCACAGAAAGGUUGUUUCUACUGCCACAGUACUGUGGUGCACUCAUUGAGCAAUCGUUAUUACUUAACAGACGACGCAACGAUAGAGAACGGAUACUCAAGGAAAUGGUCUACUCAGAUGACGUCAGCAUGGACAGCACGAGCACGGAUGCCACACUCCGCCGCCAGAGGGAGCAAAUUGUCCCCAAAAUUUACGUAUGCGCCACCAUGUGGCACGAGACUGAACGAGAAAUGACCGAGUUGUUGCAGUCUGUAUUUAGGCUGGAUAUUGACCAGAGUGCCAGAAGAAACGCUCAAGAUUAUUUUAAUGUCCAAGACCCUGAUUAUUAUGAAUUUGAAGCCAAUAUUUUUAUGGAUGACGCCAUGGAUUUCAAUGAAGAAGGGGAGUGGAUGCCAAAUAUUUUUGUCAAACAAAUGGUGGCCCUUGUGGACGAAGCUGCCAGCAUUAUCCACGAAUCGGACAUUACUUUACUUCCUCCGGUGAAAAUUCCAACACCUUAUGGGGGACGUCUGGUCUGGACAUUGCCAGGUGGCAAUCUGUUGAUAGCCCAUAUAAAGGAUAAACACAAGAUCCGUUAUAAGAAGAGAUGGUCCCAGGUGAUGUACAUGUACUAUCUACUAGGCUAUCGUCUGUUAGGUCAACAGGACGAGUCUUUCAAUUCUUCCACCCUGGAACGUGAUGAGAAGUGGAAGAGCACCUCCAGCCAUUUUAUUAAAGGGAAUCUUUUCAAGUACAUUCCAGAAAGAGUUCUAGUGCAGGCUGAGAAUACUUUUAUCCUGGCUCUGGAUGGGGACGUAGACUUCAAGCCUCAUGCCGUGCAACUGCUGGUGGACAGAAUGAGAAAGAACAAGAAAGUAGGAGCAGCUUGUGGUCGAAUCCAUCCUAUUGGCUCAGGUCCCUUGGUUUGGUACCAGAUAUUUGAAUACGCUAUCGGUCACUGGCUCCAGAAAGCUGCUGAACAUAUGCUCGGCUGCGUCCUCUGCAGUCCUGGCUGCUUCAGCUUGUUCCGAGGCUCGGCUCUGAUGGAUGACAAUGUGAUGAGAACUUACGCUACAAGAUCUUCUGAAGCCAGGCACUAUCUACAGUACGAUCAAGGUGAAGACAGAUGGUUGUCCACUCUGCUCUUACAACAAGGUUACAAGGUCGAGUACUGCGCAGCCUCUGACGCAAUGACGCACUGUCCCGAAGCUUUUAAGGAGUUCUUCAACCAGAGGCGUCGCUGGAUCCCAUCCACCUUGGCCAACAUUAUGGACCUGCUUCAGUCUUUCCGAACAACUGUCACCAGCAAUGAUAACAUCUCUUACCUCUACAUGGCCUACCAGGGUCUUUUGAUGCUGUCCACUGUGCUAGGACCGGCUACUGUACUGCUCAUGAUGGCGGGCGCUAUCAACCCAGUGUUUAAAAUCACUUUGUGGCAAUCGUACAUGCUGAUCGUUGGGCCCGUUGCCUUGUAUCUUAUCCUUUGCUUCAUCACUAAGUCGGAUACCCAGUUGAACGUUGCUGCGGUUCUAAGUGCCGUCUACUCUUUGCUUAUGAUGGCUGUGAUUGUUGGCACCGCCGUGCAAGUAGCAGAAGACACCGCAGUAAGUCCGAACGCCCUCUUCUUGUUCAUGAUGAUAGCCAUAUUUAUCGUUUCCGCCUCGUUCCAUCCUCAAGAGUUCUUCUGCUUGUUGCCUGGUGCCUUAUAUUUCCUCGCCCUGCCUGCUGGUUACGUGCUUCUGAUGGUCUACGCUAUGUGCAACCUGCACGUUGUUUCUUGGGGCACCCGAGAGACCUCUUCGCUGGAGAGGAAAGCUCAGAUCAGGCAGAGACUCGAAGCUAAGAACAGCGGGGGCAUCUAUGGCUGGAUUCAUAGACAGGAAGAGGAAAGUACUUGCUGUGGAAGAUUCAUGAAAUAUAUCAAACGGCUCUGCGGCUCCGGGAGUCAAGACCUACACACCGAGAUCUUGAGACAAGUCAUUGAAAAACUAGACAAAGUGGAAGCUGGCAUGAGAACUGUGGCUACCAACGGUUCAUCCGCCUUCCAGCACAACCGAAAGCGAUCAUCAUCGCGAUCUCGUCACUCUAAGAAAUCAGCCAAGUCCACCAUUAACGACAUUGAGGAAGAAGCUGAGAACGGCGAUGCCAGUUCCUCCGCAUCAGAUACAUACUCAGAACAAGACAUCUACAUGGAAGAAGACAGAGAUGACCUCAUCAACCCUAGAUGGUUGGACGAUCCUGGUCUGAAGCACGGAGAAGUCCAGUAUUUGCCUAUGAGAGAAAUCGAGUUUUGGCAAAGAUGUAUCGCCAAAUAUCUUCACCCUAUAAAUCCGGACAAAGCUGUGGAAGCCAAAAUCUCAACUGAUCUAAAAUCUUUAAGAAAUAACAUUGCGUUUGCCUUUUUCAUGAUGAAUGCAUUUUGGAUGGUGAUCAUAUUUAUGCUUCAAGGAGUCAAAGACAAGAUUAAUAUACUUAUUCCAAAGUAUGGCGGAGGGACAUUGACAAUUGAGCCACUGGGACUCAUAUUUCUGAGUGUUUUUGCAUUGCUUCUUCUCUUGCAAUUCAUUGCUAUGUUGCGUCACCGAUAUGGCACUCUGCUACAUAUCCUUGCUUCCACCGAGAUACGUGUGGACAAGAAGAAAUUCAAUCAGAAACAAGCAAUCGCUGACAUUGUGGAGUACGCCAGAAAACUCCAGAAGCUCUCCGGGUUUGAUGAAGACCUUACUGAUCCAGACUAUGAAUAUAUGAGCUCAACUGAAAGUCGUCCAAGUAGUAUGCCUUCAGGAUCGGACACGGCGUUUUUGCCAGAGUCCAAGUAUCCUAGGGGCUCAGACGUGGCCCAGAGUAGCCAGCAGGCCAUGGAUUCGCAUUCCAAGAUCAACCCAGCUUUCCAGGAUGUCACACCCAAUCCGUCUGAUGCUGCGACUUCCGGUGAAGAGCCGACCAAGGGUAAAGGCGCCACAGAAGAGGGUGAAAAGAAAAAGAAAGGGAACCAUUCCAAGCUCGGGCGUAGUAAGUCAACUAUGGUGGACAAGAACAACACUCUGCGCAGGCAGUUCGAGCGAAGGUAUAAACAGAUGCUGAGGAAUCACUCGGAGGAGACCGGACAAGAUCCAAACUUCGACCCCUUCGUGAGCAGGUCACUGAGAGAAACACGUAGACCAAACAAAAGAGAAUCCGUGGAAGAUCUUGAAGCUCGCUUCAACAACUUCAACAACAGAUAAUGUCAAGUCAAUACAAAAUGAUGAUGGGAGAUUCGUCAACAUAACAAAACAAUGUAUAAAAUAUUCAGUUGAUCUAACCAUUCAAAAACUAUGGCACAAAAAGAACAAACAAAUGUGUUAGAUCUAUGUUCUAAGUGCUUCAUUGCCACAAUAUGCGAACACUGUAUCUUCUUUAAGUACAAAUUAAAAAGUCCUACUCAAGUCUCUGAUCAAAUGUUGGACUCAAUGACUGAGAGCUUCUACUUCUAGUUGUCAUUUCAUUGUCUUUCAUGUUGCAAUCUCGAAACAAAGUGAUCACGUGAUCACGUAAACUAAAUGAGUUCUUCAUUGUGUGUAUGUGUGUCGGUGUGUUUCCUGAAAUAAAUACUACGCUUAUAUUUAAACUGUUUGCACCUACGUUUGUGUGUGUUUUGUGAUAGAAGGGCUGUGUACACCAUUAUGAUAUAUUAUUGAUAUUUAAAUGGAAACUAAUAUUGUUAUUCCUUAUUGUUAUUAUUGAUUUCAAACAGAUUUCUGUAUAAAUAUGAGCUUAGUGUAUAUGUGUGUGUAUGUGUGAGUGUGUGUGGAGAGACAAUGAAGGAAAUGUUGCUCAAAUCUGAAAAGACUAACAAUACAUAACAUAACACUACAUUACAUAACAUAACACUACAUUACAUAACAUAAUACAUAACAUAACAUAACAUUACAUAACAUAACAAUACAUUACAUAACAUAACAUUACAUUACAUAACAUAGCAAUACAUUACAUAACAAUACAUUACAUAACAUAACAAUACAUUGCAUAACAUAACAAUACAUUGCAUAACAUAACAAUACAUUAUAUAACAUAACAAUUCAUUACAUAACAUAAUACAUUACAUAACAUAGCAAUACAUUACAUACAAUAACACUACAUUACAUGACAUUACACUACAUUACAUAACAAUACAUUACAUUACAUAAGGUUACAUAACAUAACACUACAUUACAUAACAUAACACUACAUUACAUAUCAUAACAAUACAUUAAAUAACAAUACAUUACAUAACAUUACAUAUCAUAACAUAACAAUACAUGCUGUAGACUCGUAGUAUAUUUUUUAUUUUUUUUUAACUUUGUUCUUUAUUGAAAUAUAUUUUGAUGUUAAAAUUAUGACCUUUUUUUAAAUGUUUUUCUUUUUCUGCCGUGUGCGACCCCUUCUAUAUGUGGAAUGUAUAAUUUGGGUUCAAUACGCCGUGUGACCCCUUAGAUAUGUGAAAUGUAUAAUUUGGGUUCAAUACACUGUGUGAUCCCUUAAGGAUGUUGUUUUGUGUUGCUUUUGUUAUUUAGCUACAUUUGUAUUGAUUGAUUUUCUUUAUUUCUCUCAUUGGCAUGCCCUCUCUCCUCCCAUGAUUUCUUUAAAAGGCUAAAAUAAUAAAGAAAAAAAGUCUUAUUUUUAUUUUAAUUAAUAUCUUUUAAAAAUAUGUAUAUAAUUUAGCAGUAUAAAAAAUGAAUUCUACGAGGUCUUUUAUAAUAUUUGUAUAUUCAACGAAAAUCAAACUUUAACUUACAAUUUUAAGAAAACGGGAGACUACCCUACGAAUUACUUUAAGGAAGAAAAGAAGACUUACAUACCUUUCUAUAUAUCUAUAUACACUGAACUCUGUGCAAGUUCUUCAGGAUAUUAUUCUUAUUAAAAGUGUUAAAGUUUAAAAUCUAUCCUUCUUUUCAAGAUAUUAAGUAGUAAUUCUUGACACUUAUUGCCAUUAGGAUUACAAAUAUAAAAGAGGUGUCGCUGUGAGCGGUUUUCAGCUUCGAACAAAACUUGGACCAUCUGCUACAUACUAUUUUAUUGAUUAGCCUAAACUUAUUUGCUAUUACAUAUAUUGACACAUGUUUAUUACCAUAACUCUCUGCUCUAUCAGUUACAGUCUGUAAAACCACGACAGUACGGCCACAUAAAGAGCAAGUCCUUGAAAGUUGCAUCCCCUAUGUAUAAAAUUGAUUUGAUUAUAAUUAAUAAACGCAUGUCAGUGUGUGUGUGUUUGUGCGUUAGUGUGUUGGAUUGCUUAUAUAAUAUAAAUAAUGUGACACUAGAUCAGUAGUUACUUAUUAAUAUAUUAAUAUUUGUCAAUAUUCAAUUCCAUGCACAACCUUAUGUCUUUUAUUGCCCUUGUUUAAGUUGCAGAUUACAUUCUAAUCACUUCAAUGUGUCCUUCACUUGUUCAUAGAGUUUGUGUAACUUCUGUUCAUGUGCAACUUUUGUUACUCCAUUUGUGUAUGUUGGUCACAUGAACAGCUAGUUUGCACUGACCACGAUCUAACACACAGAACCUUAAAGGUUGUCCACUUAAGUAGAAUGAAACGGAGCGCCGUGUCUAAGCACCCCUGACAUUCAUGUAUAUGUAUGACUCUAACAUUUCACCAACAAUAAAUCAUUUCCCGCUUAACGCGAUGCAUUAGUUAUGUUUUAAAUUAUUCAUAAGUUGACAGUGAUUUAAAUAAAAAUAAGACACACUUCUGAGAUCAAUAUGUACAGGUAACAAAACAAAAAUGUGUACGGGGAUUUUGAUAAAUGAAGGGAAAGGUUUGAAAAUUUAGCUUUUUGGUAUACUGAAUACGAGAGUACUGAUUUUCUAAAAAUUUCUAACAUUUAUUUUUGUACUGUUCAUUUAGCACUAAAGAAUCCAAUUUCGAAGCUCUUCGGCAAAUAUCACACAGUAGUUGUUAAUUUAGUUUGCCACUGUGGUCUUUCACUAUAACGUCCUUGACAUUGUGACUUUAUCGACUUGUUUCAAUAUCUCUCGCAGUCUUUCUCUUUUCUUAGUCACACCUUUAUGUAGAAUUCAUUGAUAUCUCCCUUAUCUUUCUCCAUAACGCUUUCUCUUCUUUUUCUGUCUUACUGUAUUUCACCUUCAACUAUCCCUUAGUCUGUUAAGCCGUUGAUUCAUUUCUCUCAUGUCUUUUGCCUUAAGUAGAAUCUCUUCCAGUGAGAGGCCUGCCCACUCUUUGAUGUUUUCUUUUCAUCGCUUUCUUUGUCUGCCUUUUCUUAUUCCUGGUACUGUUCCCUGAAGGAUGGUUCUUCCGCGUAUUACGUGUGUAUUAUAAUAUUGUUAAUGUCAUAUUUGAAUGUCAUCCAAAUCUUAAUGUAAACAAAGUGCAGAUUACUGUGAUUAACUCAAUAAUGGAAAUCCCUAAACAACGUUUUAAAAUAGUGACUUGGGUUGAAGCAGUAACGCGAAACGUAAAAGAUACAUAAAACAAAAACAGUACCAAAAAAUAAUGAGUGUAGAUGUAUUUGCUCUUUCGAGAAUCAACAGCUAUGUAAAAUAAACGUUUACCUCCCUUUUAUGUCAAGACGCUAUAGUGUGAUACAUUACAUCCUAAGGUAACAUUGUUUUCUAUUGUUAUAUGUUCACCAUGUACACAUUUCAAAAGCAUACAUAUCUAUAACCACAACUGGAGAAUAUCUUGAACAACAUACAAUUGUUAUUAAUGUUUUGUUGUUGUUUUUUUCUAAUUAAUGUUGUUUUAGAAUUCCUGUAGGUCUUGACUAGAUUAUAUGACAUUUCACUUGAAUGUCACCAGAUUAUAUGACAUCUCACAUGUGUGUCAUCACAUGAAAUUGUUUGGUCGUAUCGUUUUUGCGGCGAUAUGAUGGUGUGAUCACACGUUGAUAAUUGAAUAAGAUGACCCAAACACGCAAACAUAGAAACACUCACAAGCAAACAUAGAAAUCUACACUCACAAGCAAACAUAGAAAUCUACACUCACAAGCAAACAUAGAAAUCUUCACUCACAAGCAAACAUAGAAAUCUACACUCACAAGCAAACAUAGAAAUCUACACUCACAAGCAAACAUAGAAAUCUACACUCACAAGCAAACAUAGAAAUCUACACUCACAAGCAAACAUAGAAAUCUACACUCACAAGCAAACAUAGAAAUCUACACUCACAAGCAAACAUAGAAAUCUACACUCACAAGCAAACAUAGAAAUCUACACUCACAAGCAAACAUAGAAAUCUACA